ACCACAGCUGCACCUACAACUACCACAGAGGCUCCAAUAACCACAACAGCCACUCCUACAACUAGCACAGAGGCUCCAACAACAACCACAGCUUCUCCCACUACAACCACAGCUGGCCCUACAACUACCACAGAGGCUCCAACAACAACAACAGCUGCCCCAACAACUACUACAGAGGCUCCAACAACAACAACAUCCGCUCCCACUACAACCCCAGCUGACCCUACAACUACCACAGACGCUCCGACAACAACCACAGCUUCUCCUACUACAAACACAGCUGCCCCUACAACGAGCACAGAGGCUCCAACAACAACCACAGCUUCUCCCACUACAACCACAGCUGGCGCUACAACUACCACAGAGGCUCCAACAACAACAACAACAGCCACUCCUACAACUAGCACAGAGGCUCCAACAACAACCACAGCUUCUCCCACUACAACCCCAGCUGGCCCUACAACUACCACAGAGACUCCAACAACAACAACAGCCACUCCUACAACUACCACAGAGGGUCCAACAACAUCAACAGCCGCUCCAACAACAACAACAGCUUCUCCCACUACAACCACAGCUGCACCUACAAUUACCACAGAAGCUCCAAUAACAACAACCACAGCUUCUCCCACUACAACCGUAGCUGGCACUACAACUACCACAGAGGCUCCAACAACAACAACAGUUGCCUUAACAACUACUACAGAGGCUCCAACAACAACAACAUCCGCUCCCACUACAACCCCAGCUGCCCCUACAACUACCACAGACGCUCCGACAACAACCACAGCUUCUCCCACUACAAACACAGCUGCCCCUACAACGAGCACAGAGGCUCCAACAACAACCACAGCUUCUCCCAAUACAACCACAGCUGGCCCUACAACUACCACAGAGGCUCCAACAACAACAACAACAGCCACUCCUACAACUAGCACAGAGGCUCCAACAACAACCACAGCUUCUCCCACUACAACCCCAGCUGGCCCUACAACUACCACAGAGACUCCAACAACAGCCACUCCUACGACUACCACAGAGGUUCCAACAACGACAAAAGGUGCUCCCACUACAACAUCAGCUGCACCUAUAACCGCAACAGAUGCUCCAACAACAACCACAGCUUCUCCCACUACAACCACAGCUGUCCCUACAACUACCACAGAGGCUCCAACAACAACAACAGCCACACCUACAACUAGCACAGAGGCUCCAACAACAACAACAGCCACUCCUACAACUAGCACAGAGGCUCCAACAACAACAACAGCCACUCCUACAACGAACACAGAGUCUCCAACAACAACCACAGCUUCUCCCACUUCA